AUGAUAGGCUAUACAAACUUACAAUGUUUUUUAACAGUGUUUUUAUUAUGUUUUGUGAAUUUAGGAUACAAUGCACAAAUACUAGGAUUAUAUGAAGACGAAAUUUGCCGGAAAGGCGAUGGGAAAACCGCCAACUCCAUUUGUCGGAAUAUUGAAAGGUGUCCGGUUGCAAAGGAAGGACUUAAAAAAAACAUUAUACCUCAACUAUGCUCAUUCAACGGAUCAACUCCAAUAGUUUGUUGUCCACCAGAAAAAAAUACCAAUAAUCAAAUUACUACCACAACGAAAAAACCAAGCACAAAUCCAGUUUUGAAAUCAUAUUCUGCCACGGAAAUGUGCAGUGAGUACUCAGAAUUAAUUUAUCAUACAAUAAAGGACCCAGUAUUAAUACCAGAUCAGGAAAAUUACCUAAAAGUUAAAGACUGCUACGAUGCCAUUACUUUAAUUACCAACGGUACAGAUGCUAAACCAAAGGAAUUUCCUCACAUGGCAUUGUUGGGUUAUAGUGAAAAACCAGACCCAACUUCAUGGGCAUGUGGAGGAUCGCUGAUAAGUAAGAGAUUUGUAUUAACAGCGGCCCACUGUGAAAAAUUGGGAAGUAAAAAUGAACCGAGAUUUGCAAGUUGGGCUCGCUUAGGUGAAUUAGACUAUCUCUCGGAAACUGACGAAGCCAGACCUAAAGACUAUAGAAUAGUACAACGCAUAGUACAUCCAAAUUACAAAUCAACUUCUUCGUACCAUGAUAUUGCACUGUUUCGUUUAGAAAGGGAUGUAGAUUUCUCGGCAUUUGUACGACCUAUUUGUCUAAAUACAGAUAAUACGUUCACACCUCCAGCAAUAAUAGCCACUGGUUGGGGAAAGACUGACGUAGCUUCAUUUCAAAGCUCAUAUUUAUUGAAAGUACGGAUAAACACUAUUUCGGCGGAAGAGUGCGAUAAAAGUUUCUUAUACCUAUCAAACAGAAAUGAAAAAUUAGCACAAGGAAUAGUUGAUAGCUUAAUGGUGUGUGCUGGCAAUCCAGAAGGUGGAAAUGACACUUGUGGAGGCGAUUCAGGUGGUCCAAUUCAAAUAAAACACAAUAGGUACACGUGUAUGUAUUCACAAAUAGGAAUAACAUCAUUUGCAGGACAAUUUUGUGGAGAAAAAGAUUCCCCUGCUGUUUAUACCCGAGUAUCGAAUUAUAUUUCAUGGAUUGAAAGAAUAGUCUGGCCAAAAAUGUAA